AUGUGGCACCCCGCGCUGUUCGGGUACAACUGGCCGAACCAGAGCACCGACGCCGUGAACAACACGCAGCAGAACGCGCCGGUCACGCCGCUGCGCGCGCGCGACAACUUCAACCUGACCGCGUGGUUCUUCCGCUUUGCAGACUACCCGCCCGCGCCGGGCGUGUACCUCGAGCUGCAGAGCGAGGGCGAGCUGCACGCCGAAGGCGAAGGACCACUCCACACGGCCAACAAGUACGACAAGCCGCCCGCCAACCCGGCAUACUUUGGCGGCACGGCGCUCAGCAUCGCGUACACGCCCGACGUGGCCAAGGUGCGCCCCGAGGACUUCACCGUCAUCAGCGUGAACGCGACGUCGCCGUGGACGAAGAACACGACGUACGCGCUGCCCCGGCUGCCGCGGUGUCCGCCCGGCGGGUGCUUGGUUGGCUGGCACUGGAUCCACCAGAAGACGCACGGCGAGGGCUACGGCGACGAAAUGUACUUUACCAUGUUCCGCGCGACUGUGCUGUCCCCGGGCAAGAAGACCAAGCUUGGCAAGGGGCAAGUGCCGCGGUACUGCGGUAACGGGACCGCGUGCGUUGCCGGCCCCAAGCAGCCAAUGUACCUCUUCAUGAAGGAGGGGAAUAACAUGAACUACACCGAAGUCGCGGCCAAGGAGAACCCCACGUACGCUCGAGACUACGGCUUCAAGGACGGCGCGCAGAAGGACGCGUUGAGCGGCGCGCUGGGGCUGGCUCCCAGUGCCGGACUGCUCGCUGCCGCGCUGGUCGCGGGCGCGUUUGUCGCCUUGUAA